UAAUUAAAGAAUUUUUUUGCAGAGAGACAUGAGAGAAGGAGUCAGAAUGUAAGUGAAGAGUCCCUAGCUUCCCUUCAGCUGCAGACCGCCCCAACCUGCUGGACCUCGCCUGUUCAGCUCUGACCAGUUUACUAUAUGUGCCCCGGGGCUUCAUGUUGGACCCACCUGGCGAGUCUGGCAUCCCUCCCCCAGCUGCGUCCACCCCGUCCCCUAAACAUAAAAGGAGCCUCGGUCCCAGCAGCUCUUCACUCUCCGCUCAGAGCCGACCCUCAACCAAGACCUCCUUCUCCAGCCGCAGCAGCCUCAUGUCCUCCUCCUCUUCCUCCUCCUCCCCCCGCCGUAUCGGCAGCAUGGGGGCCGGCAGCGUGUACGGAGGAGCCGGAGGGACGUGAAUCCGUGUCUCCAAGAUCAACUCCGCUGCUCGUGGAAACGCUGGCCUUCUCCUCGCCAUCGACAACGCCCGGCUGGCCAGCGACAACUUCAGAGUCAAGUACGAGCACGAGCUGGCCAUGCGUCAGUCGGUGGAGGCAGACAUCGCCGGGCUGAAGAGAGUCCUGGACCAGCUGACUCUGGCAAGAUCUGACCUGGAGAUGCAGAUCGAAGGUCUGAGGGAGGAACUCAUCUUCCUCAAGAAGAACCACGAGGAGGUGAGAGUGCUGAAACCAGACGGGAAGAUAA